GUUGGGUAGCAUCUCUCAGGCUAAACCCAUUACGUCACGCUCGCCGAAAAGUGAGAGUGACGACGGAAGCGUGCAUGGCACUAAUUCCAUGGCGGAACCCGAACUUUCUGACAGAGGGGGUGCCUAUGGGCACAGUCAGGAAAGUUGUAACAACAGAUGCAUCCCUCCUUGGUUGGGGAGGGACACACGAGGGCUGGGCAAUAAACGGGAAGUGGAACCCGAGUCUGCGAUCGUGUCACAUAAAUUAUCUGGAGUUACAAGCAGUUUGGCUGACGCUGAAUCAUUUUCUUCCCCUGCUAAAGGGGCAUCAUGUCCUAGUUUGCACGGACAACACGACUGUUGUAGCAUACGUGAACAGACAAGGGGGGCUAAGAUCUCGACCGCUACACACGCUUGCACGCAAACUGAUUUUGUGGGGCAGCAAUCAUUUUCCAUCUCUGAGAGCUACACACGUCCCUGGAGUUCAGAAUCUGGCAGCGGACCUGCUGUCUCGGGGCGACCCACUCUACAGCGAGUGGAGGCUCAGCACCAAAGUGUGCGAUCAGAUCUGGUUGAUUUUCGGCAGGACAUCAGUGGACCUGUUUGCGUCACACGACACAGCUCAAUGCCCUCUUUACUUCUCUCUCCGGGAGCUGAACGCUCCACUUGGAGUAGACGCUCUAGCGCACGAAUGGCCGAAUCAUGCUCUUCUCUACGCAUUUCCACCCAUCGCGUUAAUUCCGCCCACCCUGGCCAGGGUGAGGGAGAAAGGUUUAUCGCUAAUUCUAAUUGCUCCCCGAUGGCCGGGGAAACAUUGGUUAGCGGAGAUAAUAGAAAUGUUGUACAGGGAACCAUGGCAGCUUCCGUUACACAGGGACCUACUGACUCAGGCGAAGGGGGAGAUAUUUCACCCCAACCCAGAGAGGCUAGCGCUAUGGGCUUGGCCGUUGAAUGGAACAAUUUAAAUGCAACAGGUCUACCGCCUAAUGUGAUUAAAACCAUACAAAGUGCAAGAGCGGCCUCGACGAGGUGCAAAUGGUCAGUGUUUGAACGAUGGUGCGUGACUACGCACGAGAUUCCAUAUCAAUGUUCCAUCUCGAUAAUUCUAUCUUUCCUACACGAUCUAAUCGACAGGGGCAGAGCCUUCUCGACCAUUAAAGUGUUUUUAGGCCGCGAUCUCUGCAUGCCACGUCGGCAUUGGGGGCAAAUCAGUGGGGCAACACCCACUAGUUGUUCGAUUCAUGAAAGGAGCGCGCAGGAGCCUACCGGUCUCAAAACCGCUAGCUCCAUCGUGGGACCUGUCCAUGGUGCUGGAGGUGAUUUCGGCUCCUCCUUUUGAGCCAUUGAUGUACGUUGACUUUAAAACGAUGUCUCUUAAGACAGCGUUGUUAUUAGCUCUGGCGUCAACAAAGCGUGUCAGUGAACUGCAAGCUCUCUCGGUACAUCCUUCAUGUCUACAAUUUGCGCCUGGCGAUUGUAGAGUGUCAUUACGACCGAAUCCGGCGUUUAUGCCUAAGGUUAUUCAGCCCUGCAUUCCACUGGAGCUGACAGCUUUUCGGCCUCCGCCUUUCGAUUCUCCGGAGCAGCAACGUCUACAUGCGUUGUGCCCGGUCCGAGCCCUCCGGAUCUAUGUGGACAGGACGGCAGCUUUUAGGCAGAGUGAUCAGCUUUUUGUGUCAUGGGCAAAGCCCUAUACGGGUAAGCCUAUUUCUACGCAGCGGCUUUCACAUUGGAUUGUGGAUGCUAUUUGUUUAGCAUAUUCCAGCAAGGGCCUGUCGGCACCGGCUGGUUUGCGUGCACAUUCCACAAGGGGCUUAGCAACAUCGUGGGCCCUGUUUGAGGGUGUGUCUAUGGACGUUGUGUGUAGGUCGGCAGGAUGGUCUUCCUACCAAACCUUCGUCAGAUUUUAUAAACUUGAUGUCACGGCAACACCAGUAGCGCAUGCAGUGCUCGGGGUUGGUGCAUCUAGGUCGGGCCCUUCGGGCUCUCAGCCCUUGUAGGUUGGCAGUAGGCAUUCGAGACAGGCUUUUGUGCAAUACGGGAGCUACGUUAUCCCAUAGUGAGACACCAAAACGAAUGCUUGAAAGAGAACUUUAGGUUAUUUGCAUAACCCUGGUUCUCUGAUAGCAUGAGUGAGGUGUCUCACCGCAUUACCCUCCUUGCUGUGCGAAGCGAGGAAGAGGUUUGCUUGUUUUGAAUGACGAGUUGACGCUGUGUAUUCCUAGAUAUAGGAAGGCGGGGUCUCCCCAGGCCACACGCGUCACAGGUGCCAGCCAAUGGGGCUGGCGUAAUGAUAUAAGUCUUCUGAGGAAUACGGGCUGGGGCGUAUCCCAUAGUGAGACACCUCACUCAUGCUAUCAGAGAACCAGGGUUAUGCAAAUAACCUAAAGUUUUCUGGAUGUUUUUGUUGAUAUUCUGUCUCUCACUGUUAAAAUAGACCUAACAUUACAAUUAUAGAUCACACAUUUCUUUGCAAGUGGCCAAACUUGCGAAAUCGGCAGGGGUUCAAAUACUUAUUUUC